AUGGAAAAGCUUGCAAAAAAAAACUCCACUCAACAUGAAAAACUUGGUGAAGCAAAAAAAACAACUUAUCACAUGAUUGACGAAAUUAUUGAAAAACUAGAAGAAGAUUCAAUUUACGUAUAUCCGGAACUUAGGAAAAGUGCCAUAAAAGGCUUUAAAGUGGAUGGAAGUCCAGAUGGAGAGGCCAACAUUGAGUUUGACAUUGUGCUUAUCAUGCGCAUAAACAAAUAUGUUGAGUUAUCGCAUAAACGGAUUGUCGUCUAUCAAAUUUGUACAAAACUUCAAAUUGGAACGUUACUACCUAAACUCGGUCUUCAUCUAGGUGGUGGAGGGCCUUGCAUAGAGUUGGAUGUCAUGCUUGUUUGGGACGUGGGAGAAAUUAUUGAGAAAGUACCAUCUCCUAUUGCCAACCGCUGUUUCAUGAUGGUAAAACCUGGAACAAACAUACCGAUGCAAUCUAUUACUGACGAGGAUGAUCAUAAUAAUCGUUACUUACGUCCAUUCUCUCUGCUGGAGUUCUUUAAUGAAAAGAUUGAAAUGUGCUGCAGAAAAUAUGAACCAACGCUCGUUGAUCAUGGUCCAUGCAUUCUAAUGGUUGUCGCAAUACCGAAAACAGAGGACGAUCCAGAUUUUAAAUUCCUUAUAGAUAUCGUUCUUACGUUGAAAGUGAACAAUGAUGAAAUUUACGUUCCGAAACCCACUGAUAUUUUUAAUGAUGACCCCGUGUUAAUCCGACCUCACUAUUCUUGGGUAAGAUCUUUCAGCAUUGAAGAAAGGAGCGAAAUAUUAGAGUUCAUUCCUGAAAAAAAAAAUCUUAUGAGGGUUUUCAAAUUUAUUUUGUUUAAAAGUUAUUUACCAUCUUAUUAUUUGAAAAAUAUUUUUUUGAAAGUAUGCCAUAAAUUUUCAAACGAUGAACUUUGGUCAGAGAAAUAUUUAGGUUUGAGGUUGAUAGAUUUGUUGCAGGAAUUAUUGACAUGUUUGAAGAAUCGCAAUCUGCCUUGCUUCUUCCAACCGAAUGUUGAUAUACUGGUCGGAAUAAAUGAAAUAUUUAUCUUAGAAAAUCGACGCGUGUGUCAGAAGUUGACUGAUGAUGAAGAAUUCAUGUUGGAGACGUUGAACAAACGUCUAGAGUGA